AUGAAAGUAAUAACAGAGGUGGAGUUAGAACACAUGGAAUACAUUGAUUUUAAUAAUGAGGAAUUAAAGAGUGUUGUCGCUCAAAAAUUACAAAUUCAAGUUAUAGUUGGGUUAUUUAUAGUUAUGGUUGUAUUGAUAUUAUUAUCACUGGUUUCGUGGUUUAAUUAUAGGUCAUUACUAUCAAAAUAUUAUGAUUCAAAACAAAAGAAUUUAAAAAAGCCAUCUAGUCAAUUGGCCAAUCCACAAUUCACUCCUAUUACCAAAGAUUUAGAUAUGAAAAUCAGGAGAUAUUAA